AUGGUUUUAUACACUUCCCCAUUUCCCAACAGCUUUCUGUCAGUUCUGCAUUCUUUUUCCUGGGGCCUGAUUUUCCCAUGUUACUGGUUAGCAGAUAGGCUUGUGGGCUCUUUUGUUCCAACCACCUAUGAAAAACGUCAAAGAGCAGAUGAUCCUUGCUAUUUUCAUGCACUCUGCAUCAUUAUUACCACUCCCAUCUACCUGGCACUGUUGGUAGCCUCUCUUCCUUUCGCUCUGAUUGGCUUCUUGCUGUGGUCCCCGCUCCAGUCAGCCCGAAGGCCAUAUAUCUACUCCAGGCUGGAAGACAAGAACCAUGCCAAUGGAGCCACACUGCUCACUGAAUGGAAGGCUGCAGGGAAUGGGAAAAGCUUCUGCUUUGGCAGUGCCAAUGUUUGCCUGUUGCCAGAUUCUCUGGCAAGAUUUAAUAAUGUGUUCAAUACACAGGCUAGGGCUAAAGAGAUUGGCCGGAGAAUCCGAAAUGGGGCAAGCAGACCACAGAUCAAAAUAUAUAUAGAUUCUCCUACCAACACAUCCAUCAGUGCAGCAAGUUUUAGCAGCUUGGUCUCCCCCCAGGGUGGAGAUAACACUAAUCAUACUGUUAAUGCUGGCAUCAAAAGGACAACAUCAAUGGAGUAUAAAGGAGACAAUUCUGGCUCAAACAACGGUGAGGAUAGAGAAGAUAAAGGUGGAGCUGCAGAGCCAAAUGAAGGAGAAGAAAACACUUGCAUUGUCCGCAUAAAUGGAGAGGAGAAUGCCCACAUGUCAGACACAGAAACAGACACCGUUAAUGGCCAGGCUCAUGCCAGUGGCCCAGCAGAGCCCUCACUGGAAGGUGAUGCAGAGAUCUCAAAAACACCUAACCACAAACAGAAGGAAGGAGAUUCUGGGAGUUUAGACAGCUACUCCGCCUCGCGAGAGUCCUUAGUUAAAGUUCGCGUUGGAGACGGUACGGUGGACCAAAGCACUGUCAACAACAAGCUCCUCUACAAAGCUUCAAUCAUGAAGAAGACUUCAGUGCGGAAAAAGAAGCAUACAGAUGAGACCUUUGAUCAUGAGAUCUCUGCUUUCUUCCCUGCCAACCUGGACUUUCUGUGUUUGCAGGAAGUGUUUGACAAAAGAGCUGCAGAGAAAUUGAAAGAGCAGCUUCAUCACUAUUUUGAAUACAUUGUCUAUGAUGUUGGGGUCUAUAGUUGCCAUGGCUGCUGUAGCUUUAAGUUUGUGAACAGUGGUCUACUUUUUGCCAGCCGCUAUCCUGUCAUGGAUGCUGCCUAUCACUGUUACCCCAAUGGAAGAGGAACGGACUCCUUGGCUUCCAAGGGAGCCUUGUUUCUCAAGGUGCAAGUGGGAAGUACACCUCAGGACCAAAGAAUUGUGGGAUACAUUUCCUGCACUCACUUGCAAGCUAUUGCAGGAGACACUACUGUUCGAUGUGAGCAACUGGACAUGCUUCAAGAUUGGCUGUCUGAAUUCAGAAAAUCUACCUCCUCCUCCAGUACAGCCAAUCCAGAGGAGCUGGUGGCUUUUGACGUAAUCUGUGGAGAUCUCAACUUCGAUAACUGCUCCUCUGCUCAGGCAUGCAGUGGAGCUGCUCGCUGGCGUUACGGCAAUCGCUCUGCUGGCCUGGAGCUGGCAGACAGACCCAGUCCCCAGCCUCCCACAGGGCUGACGGGCAAAGGCCUAUUGCCUGACUGGGCCAAACCUGAGGUACUGAGAUACGGAGAGUGCAAGGCAGGUACAGAGGGGGUUCCUCAGAGGGAUUCCCUCUGUGCUGAGUCGCCAGCAAGAUGCGCGGUGCCCAGGCUGAUAAGGGGAGUAAUUAAUGUUUCCGUGAAUACCAAGCUUCCGUUCCGAGAUAUACUGACAGGAGCAGGAAGGAGGACUUGCCUUUCCUGUUGUGGCAGAACCCAGGUUUACCACACGCAGCUGAUGUGCCUUUUCUUGGGUUUGCUCUUACUGGAGCAACAGCAUUCUCUGUUUACACACUACAAAGACCCAUGUCGAAUUGGUCCUGGGGAGGAUAAACCAUGGGCAAUCGGUACCUUGUUGGAUCCUGAAGGAUUAUAUGAUGAAGAAGUGUGCACUCCAGAUAACCUACAGAAGUAU